AUGGAUGUUACUCAACAGAGCUACGGAAUACGGGAGCUAUACCGUCCCGAUAAUGAGGAAAUCGAAAUUGACAUCGUCGCUGUUCAUGGACUAAAUGGCCAUGUGACGGAAACAUGGACAUCUAAGCCCCAAGGUACAUGCUGGUUGAGCAACCCAGCCUACUUGCCGAAGUACAUUCCGCGUGCCCGUGUCCUAGCCUGGGGUUAUAAUGCAAGUAUCGCGUCAUGGAACGCAAAGACACCCAGCGCCGAUAGAGUGCUACAACACGCGCAAACAUUAGUUUCUCAACUGGAGUCUGAUAGAGAUCUUGAAGAUGCGACGAAAAGACCCAUUAUCUUUGUUUGCCAUUCUCUCGGAGGCAUCAUUGUCAAAAGAGCCUUGGCUUACGCAGAGAGCCGACCUAGACUCGCCCAUGUCCAUUCAAUUUACACCUGUACAUUUGCUAUUCUUUUCUUCGGCACACCACAUCACGGAUCAAACAAAGCCAACCUGCUUGGUAGCCUUCAAAAAAUGGCGUCGCUUACCAUUCCAAAGACUGUGGUGGAAUUUGAAUCGGGGCUAGUCAACGCACUCGAGAAGGAAUCUGAGAUACUGCAGAAUAUCACCGACCAGUUUGCUCCUUUGAUGCCAAAUUUCCGUGUCUUUUUCUUUUGGGAGCAAGAAAAGACCAAUCUCAAAUACAGGAGAGAUUAUAUUGUGGAUGAAACGAGUGCGGCACCUAUUCUCGACAACACAGAAAGAUGCGGCAUAGGUGCGGAUCAUCAAAGGAUGUGCAAGUUCCAAAGCCCCAAUGACCAAGGGUACAGAACUGCCGUGGCAGCUCUGCGUCGCUAUGCACGAGAAGCACCCUACGUGAUUCAGAGAAGGUACCAACGAGCUGCAAACAUGUAUAGAGAUGACAGGUUGGUUGAGGCUGAAGAGCUAUUGGGGACGGUUCAAACGGCCGUCCCUGGUCCCCGCCAAUCCGCUUUACAUUACCUUGAUACGGCGAACACUGUUGUCCGGACACAAAUCGACGAUUCACAGCCUACCUCUCAGCCACGAUUAAAUCAAAAAAAAACUAUUUAUUUAGAUGUUUGA